UGUUUGUGUAUUCCGACGCAAUUGACAAAAUGACCCUGUUUCUGUAAAAAACAAUUUUUUUUUCAUACCAAUUUAAUUGAAUAGUACCUUUUAUAAUUACCCUUACAGUUCAUUUUUUAUAUGUUCUAAUUAUCCAUUAAGUUACACAGUUUCCCCAGUUGAUCAAACAGAAAGACACCAUUUAAUUCGGCAAAAUUUAUGGAAAGGUGGUGACGUUUUCAAAAAAAAUUCGCGUUGGCAUUUCUCAAUACAGCUUCACUAAUCUCCUCUUUUCCACGUUUAAAAGUAAUUCUGGUAUAUGUAGAUGAGAAAUAAUUAAUUUACAAUGAAGCGGGGUGCUAAAAUCAUAGGUAUAUUUCUCAUUGAUUUUAUUUGUGUCGAGUGUUUUUAUUUACCGGGAUUGGCUCCUGUGAAUUUUUGUAAAAAGGAAGAAGAACAAAUAUCAUGCAAAUCAGAAGUAAAACUCUACGUGAACCGUCUAAACACUGAAGAAUCUGUAAUGCCUUAUGAAUACAACCACUUUGACUUUUGCCUGGCCGACGAUGAAAAAUCCCCUGUAGAAAACUUAGGCCAAGUAGUUCUUGGGGAAAGAAUCAGACCAUCGCCCUACAAAAUCGAGUUUAUGAAAAACAUGUCUUGUGUAGAAGUUUGCAAAAAAACUUACGAUGGCAACAGAAAAGAAGACAAUUUGCUUUUGGCCACAUUACGAAAAGGCAUUAGCCUUAACUACAAACACCAUUGGAUUGUUGACAAUAUGCCUGUAACAAGUUGCUUCGACACAAAAGACAACAGGGUUUAUUGCAACACGGGAUUCCAAAUGGGGUGUUAUACAAGAAAUAGAAGAACCAAUUGUGUUCCUGAAAUUGAACAGCAAGAUGGAUUUUAUAUAUUCAAUCAUGUUGAUUUAAUUAUAACUUAUCAUUCAGGGGCUAAGGAGGAAUGGGGCACUCAGUUUGGUAGCAACGGGGGUAGGAUCAUUUCUGUUAAGGUUGUACCAAGAAGCAUAAAGCAUAAUGGACAAUGCAACACUCAAAACACCGAACCCCUUCGUUUCCCCACAAACCCGUUGCAAAAAGAUGAAAAAUUUGAAAUCUCUUACACCUACUCGGUGACUUUUAUUCAAAAUAAUAUGGUGAAAUGGUCGUCGAGAUGGGACUAUAUUCUGGAAUCCAUGCCUUACACCAACAUCCAAUGGUUCAGCAUUUUGAACUCACUGGUUAUUGUUCUUUUCCUAUCUGGUAUGGUUGCAAUGAUCUUAUUGCGCACUCUGUACAAAGACAUCGCCAGAUAUAAUCAGAUUGAUAACGGAGAAGAUGCACAGGAGGAAUUUGGUUGGAAACUAGUCCAUGGUGACGUAUUCCGACCACCACGCAAAGGCAUGCUGCUAUCUGUACUCCUAGGUUCCGGAACUCAAGUAUUUUGCAUGACCCUGGUAACUUUGGCAUUUGCCUGCCUAGGUUUUCUCAGUCCGGCCAACAGAGGCGCCCUUAUGACUUGCGCCAUGGUCUUGUACGUUUUACUAGGUUCACCUGCCGGCUAUAUAUCCGCAAGGAUUUAUAAAAGCUUCGGAGGUGAAAAAUGGAAGUCAAACGUACUGCUAACCUCGAUGUUAGCUCCUGGAAUAGUUUUUGGCUUGUUUUUCGUGAUGAAUUUAGUAUUGUGGGCUAAAGGUAGCUCAGCAGCGAUUCCUUUUAGUACCUUAGUAGGCCUAUUAGCCCUAUGGUUAUUAGUUUCAGUGCCACUGACGUUUUUAGGCGCGUUUGUAGGUUUUAGAAAGCGCGCCAUUGAACACCCUGUACGGACCAAUCAAAUUCCCAGGUUGAUUCCAGAACAAUCCAUCUACACUCAACCGAUUCCUGGGAUCAUCAUGGGCGGAGUGUUGCCUUUUGGCUGCAUAUUUAUUCAACUAUUUUUCAUUCUUAAUUCAAUUUGGUCCUCGCAAAUGUACUACAUGUUUGGGUUUUUGUUUCUGGUUUUUAUCAUUUUAGUAAUCACUUGUGCAGAAACGACAGUUUUGCUAUGCUAUUUCCAUUUAUGCGCUGAAGAUUAUCAUUGGUGGUGGAGAUCCUACUUAACUUCAGGUUUCACUUCAGCUUACUUGUUUUUAUAUUGUUGCCACUAUUUUUAUACAAAAUUGCAAAUCGAAGACGCCGCCUCUGCCUUUCUGUACUUCGGUUACACAAUAAUAAUGGUGUUUUUGUUUAAUCUACUAACAGGCACGAUAGGAUUUUUCGCUUGUUUCUGGUUUAUAAGGAAAAUUUACAGCGUGGUCAAAGUAGACUGAAAACUUUUAUUUUGUGAUUUAGUUUUUAUUUGAUAAUUUUACGGGAUGUGAAACGCCCUGUAAUUUUGCCUGCCAUAUUUGUACCCCUUAUAUCUAAAAUAUGGCCAGUUAUUUGCUUUAUAUUUUGGCCCUUCAAAAGGUUUGUUACCAGUAUUAAUUUUCGUUGCACAAAAUUACUCCUACUCCUUGGAUACGUUUCUGAUUAGCUGAUAAGUGGAUGUGAUCCACGGGUGUACUUAUUUGCAUUGGUAUGUAUUUCCAAAAAAAAAUUGUAAAAAUCGCAUUAAAAAAAAAAACCAAAGGGGUAGGAACCCAAAAAUAGGCUUGACUUUAUUGUUUAUUUAAUGUGUAAAUUACAAUGAGGUUUUCUUUAUUAUUAUUCAACUUAUCACAUUUUGUUCAGGUAAGCAUUAUACAUCAUUAAUUGGUGCGGUUUUAGUCAAUUUUCAAACUGUGCAGGAUUUUACAUAAUUAUUAACAUCAUUGUUCAUCCAUCAGAAAUUUGUCUAACAAAAUAAUCUUGAAUUAUUCUGUUGUAUGUUGUAUCUACACUUUUUUUUUUGUUUAUGAAUAUGGAUGCCUAAUUUAUGUGAUUACUUUUUUUUUUUGCAAUUUGUAAAUUAGAUUGUAUGAAAAAUGUAUUGUAUUGUAAUAUAGAUUUAAUUUUUA